GACAAUAUUAUUAUAUAUGACGGAACAUCAAUGCUUAUAAAUAGGCAGUACGAUCUUGUUGGGGAUUCUGACACCAUUAAGGCUGAUUUUGCUGCAAUAAAAUCUGUUAUAAGAGCGAGAUGCGUGGAAGCGAUCCCUGUCCUAGGGACUUGUCACAUUUUCUCGAAAUUAUCUCGAGAGAAGAACUGCCCACAGGUGCUCUUCAAGCUUUCAUUUUUAAUCACCCAGCUUUCUGGAGUAACGAUAAGAUUGUUCGCAAUGUUAUUGCGUUAAAGGUGUCUUAUUACCAUUGUGGAGAUUCAAAUAGAACAAAGUGGGAGGAUAAUGCAAGUCAGAUUCCAACAGAUGUUAUUGUUAACUGGAAAUCACUUGUCCAGAAAUUUUCAAUAUACAAGGCAGUUCUUGAUGAAAGUCCAACAAAUUAUGAUGAACUUGUUGACGGGUUGGCAUUGCUAGUUUUUUUCAGAGAUUGCUUAAUGCACGCACAUAAGAAACGCUAUGCAUUGACUCAACGCAAAAUUGCAGAUGAACUAUAUAUCCUAUUUCCUGAUUUUUUGGUGCAUUUUAUAGAGAAAACAUACUGUAUUGCUGAUGUUAGAGAAAUUUGCAUGAGAUAGUUGCGGAGCUGUGUACUAGACCAAUUUUGAGCAUAUACAAUCUGUAAUUUUCAUUUGAUCAUGUCGUCAUUCCAAUAUAUCAAGUGAUGAAGAGGUGUAGUUUAGAAAGUUUGAGUUUCAAAGAGACUUGAUGAUCCAAAAAAAAUGGACGUUUCCCAGCUUUAUCAAUGGUGUUCACUGGGUCGGAUGGGAAAAAAUCUGCAGGUCAAAGACCUCGGGUGGAUUGGGAUUUCGUAACAUAUCCACCUUCAACUCAGCUAUGCUAGCCAAGCAGGUUUGGCGCCUGCUGCAUGAUGAGAAUGCUCUGGUGUCAAAAAUUAUGAAGGCAAGAUACUACCCUAGGCAAUCUGUUCUAGAUGCAAAAAUUUCAGCAGGCGCAAGUUUUACGUGGAGGAGCAUUCAUGGAGCUAUACCUCUCCUCAAAAGUGGUGUGCGUUGGAAGGUUGGUGAUGGUUCAAACAUCAGAGCUUUUAAAGAUCCCUGGAUACCAAGAGAUGGGUUGUUUUACGCAACACCCAGAGACAACGGAGUUGUUUCUGAUAUCAAAGUCAGUGAGCUGUUUGAGAGGAACGGUAAUGGCUGGAACGUUGAACUGAUCAUUCUCAGAUAUGGAUGCGCAAGAUAUUAUGAGGAUUUUUGUGCGGGAAGCUACCUCUGUGGAUAAAAUUAUUUGGCAUUAUUCUUCGAAUGGAUACUAUUCAGUUAAGAGUGCUUACCAUAUUGCAGCAAAUGCAAGCCGUGGACCAUCCAGUUCAGGCACGGUUCAGUCAGGUAGGAGAUUGUCUUGGAGCAGCAUUUGGAAGAUGCAUAUCCCCCCAAAAAUCAAACACUUCGCUUGGCGGGUUCUUGUUCACAGUUUACCUACGAAAAGGGCCCUUCAUCGUCGAGUUAAUAUUGGUGAUGGUCUAUGCCCAAGGUGCGGAUUAGAAGAGUCUAUGGAUCAUAUUUUCAAAGAUUGCAGCUGGGUGAGAGGAAUUUGGUUCCUGUUGAAACUGGGCAUAGACACUAACAGGUUCCCGGAGGAUGACUUUGAAAAUUGGGCAAUCAAGCAUUGGAUUAAUUGGUAUAUUGAGCUUAUUGAUUAUUUCUGGGUGUUGGCGUGGGCAAUAUGGUACGCUCGUAAUCAACUUUGUUUUAGCAAUAUCACUUUGUCACCUGAAACAAUUGUUGCCUGUGCAACUAAACAAUUGGUGAUUUUUGCUCAGCUAAUGAACCUGGACUGACAAAGAAAGGUAGUAGUGUUGCUUGUUGGCAGAAACCGGAAGAGGAUGGGUCAAAAUUAACACAGAUGCAGGUGGUUAUGAUAAAGGUGCAUGGGGCCUGGGUAUUGUUGGCAGGGAUUAUAAUCGAGACAUCAUGGUAGCUGGAAACGUUAGGAAGAGGGCAUCGCAUGAGGUUAUCUGUGCUGAAGCAGAAGCGGUUAAAUGGGGGCUUGAGAUAGCACGUGAUUGUUCCUUCAAACAGGUUAUUAUUGAAAGCGACAACUCUGGUUUAAUUGCAGGUCUUUGCAACAAUGGAGACUACUUGAAUGAACUGGGGGAUAUACUGCAAGAGAUCCGCACUUUGGCCAAGGAUUUUGAAAGAAUUUUAUGGACAGCGGCUCCUAGAAAUCGCAGUCAGCUAGCUCAUGAGCUUGCCAAACUUGCUACUGAUGAAGAAGCAAUACCUGAUUUGCUGCGACAGAAAUGGAUGGGAGAAAAGAAUAGUAACUGUGACAUGAGAGUGCCUUAGAUUUCUGUUUUGCUUUUUGUCUUGCUUUGCAAGUUAUUUUGCUUAUUAUCAAAAAAAAAAAAGUUCUAAUUCUUUUA